AUGGCAGCUACUCCAUUCUCGCUCGAAGGCUUGUUUGCGUACAUCUCGGAGACGUUCGCCGCGGGAGUGAUUCAGUCUUACCAAGGGCAAGGCCUUCUAGAUGAUGCUCCAUUACUGCAACGCCAAGAUCCCUUGGAGGAUUUCAAAAAGUUCAAUCGAAAUGAUGAAAUUUUUCAAGAGUACGAUCCUCCCGCAGGGGACAACAGCAAAAUGGGAUGGAAAAGAUCUCGCCCGCCAACAUGGCGACUGUCGCUAUGGAAGGCCAUGAAGCAUGCGUUUUAUAUUCAAAUUCUUGGGGGUAUUGCGUUGGGAUCGCUCGCUAUUGUAAUACUGGUCAUAGAUUUCAAUACCGUCGAUCUUUGCUAUGAUAUGCAGUCCAAAAACUGGACGGCGCUUCCCAAAAGAAUUCAGGCGGUCAUCGUGACAGCCGCUACAACCGAAGCUUACUUAGUUCAACUUUGGACGUUUCUCGUUGUGUUGACUAUGUUUGGUUGGCGUCUGAUAAAAGAACUAAAUUUACUGACUCUCAAUCUUCUGGGCGCUUUCUUCGACACUUGUUACAGGCUUUAUUUACAGGUUUACGACAUUUACAAUAAGCCCUGGAGGUCAUUCCCUCUCAACGUCCUCUUUGUCUUCUUGUUGUUGAUGAACAGUGUAAUCAUCGGCAGAGACAUAGCUAAGAAAAGCGAAGUCGAAAGGAACAAAAGAAUCAAGAAAGCGAUCAUAGUAUCGGCGAUGCUGGCUGCUCAGUUUGCCUUUUUUAUACCGAUCGCAUUUGUCCUAACGUACGUCCUUAUACCCCUGUAUGGUGAAGUAUCUGAAACCUACAGAGCGAUUCUAGCCGGGGCGUUACCCCUAGUUACUGCUAUACCCAAGGUCAUUGUACGCUUGGCGGCGCAAAGAAUUGAUUUCCUUCAUCCAGGAAAUUCGCACGUUUUGUUAAACGUACUCCACAGCACGUCUGCCAUUGUUUUUCGUGUUGUGCAAGCGGAACUGACUAGCCUCCGACUUUUCAUUCUCCUCAGCUUCGCGCAUGGUGCGAUAGACUUGCUGGAAAGGUUGACUAUCAUUAUUCGUGAUUAUAUAUGGUACUUUAUUUACAAGAAGCUCAAAAGAGACAAAAGGGAAACCAUUUUGAAAGCAAGUCAAUUUCGCUCGCCAAGGAGCAUGCGCUUUGUGGCCGAUAUGAGCAUUUAG